ACAAAAUGAAGUACCUCCUGUCGACCCUCUUUUUAUAUGGAGUCUGUAAAUCGUUUUCUAUAUCAGCGAAGUGUGACCCCUGGCUCCAGUUCAGUUGCAAAAUCAACGACAGCUGUAUUGAAAAAUAUAAACAGUGCGAUGGGAAAAACGACUGUAUAGAUGGUUCUGACGAAGAACAGACUAUGUGUAGAGCAAUCGAAUGUUAUGAAGACCAAGUCAAAUGUCAGAAUGAUUUACAAUGUGUGGACCUCGGGGAUAUCUGUGAUGGUGACAAUAAUUGUGCUGACCAAUCAGACGAAAAUGAAAAUUUUUGCAAAGCGAAGAAAUGCCCGGAGGACUUCGUUAAAUGUAAAGAUGAUCUUCAGUGUCUUCAUGUCACUCAACUGUGUAAUGUUCGUCGUGAUUGUCGUGAUGGUUCUGAUGAAAACAAGGACAUUUGCAAAGAAACAAAAUGUGGUGCCCAAUUUUUAAAAUGCAAGGAUGGUCUUCAAUGUGUAUUUAACCCAGAUUUGUGUGAUGGUUUCAAUGAUUGCCGUGAUAAAUCGGAUGAAGAAGAGGAAUUUUGCAAAGCAACUACCUGUCCAAAUGACCAUGCUAGAUGUAGGGAUGAUGAUCUUCAUUGUGUUUUUUAUACAUUUUGUGAUGAAUACAGUGAUUGCACAGAUAUAUCAGAUAACAAUCUUGACUAUUGCAAAGGUAAACUCUAUAUUAGUAUAUAUGUUCCAAGUUGUUGGUUUUUGUUUUCUUUAUUUUCUAGUAAGACACAAUUGAAAUAUUGUAUUUCUACUAUAUAUUUGUAUCAUACAUGUUGUAAAUGUGUGUUUUGGUUAUUUCCAAGUAAAGGAAUAUUGUUAUUAUUGAAUUAA